CGCUCGCCGGUCCCGCCGCCGCCGCCGCCCGCGUCCCCGCCGCCGCCGCCUCGGCCGCCGCCGCGCCGCCAGCAGCAUGUCUCGCCGGAAGAUCUCGUCCGAGUCCUUCAGCUCGCUGGGCUCCGACUACCUGGAGACCAGCCCCGAGGAGGAGGGGGAGUGCCCCCUGGCCCGGCUCUGCUGGAACGGCAGCCGGAGCCCGCCCGGGCCGCCUCAGCCCCGCGCCGCCGCCGCCGCCGCCCCGACCCCGGCUGCCUCCGCCGCCGCCGCCGCCGCCACGGCCGGGGCCAGGAGGGCGCAGCGCCGGCGGCGGGUCAACCUGGACUCGCUGGGCCAGAGCAUCAGCCGCCUGACGGCACCCUCGCCUCAGAUGAUACAGCAAACUCUCAAGAGGACAUUGCAGUAUUAUGAGCACCAAGUUAUUGGUUAUAGGGAUGCAGAAAAGAAUUUCCACAAUAUCUCUAACAGAUGCUCCUAUGCAGACCAUUCCAACAAAGAGGAAAUUGAAGAUGUCUCAGGAAUUCUUCAGUGUACUGCUAACAUACUCGGUUUGAAGUUUGAGGAAAUUCAAGAAAGAUUUGGUGAGGAGUUCUUUAAUAUAUGCUUUGAUGAGAAUGAGAGAGUCCUUCGAGCUGUAGGUGGCACAUUGCAGGACUUUUUUAAUGGCUUUGAUGCUUUGUUGGAACACAUUAGAACUUCUUUUGGAAAACAGGCCACUCUGGAGUCACCAUCAUUCCUAUGCAAAGAGCUCCCUGAAAGUACUCUUAUGCUGCACUACUUCCACCCUCACCACAUUGUGGGGUUUGCAAUGCUGGGGAUGAUUAAGGCUGCAGGAAAGAAGAUCUAUCGUCUAGAUGUGGAAGUGGAACAGAUUGCAAAUGAGAAACUGUGCUCUGAUGGUUCAAACCCAGGCAACUGUAGCUGUCUUACUUUCCUUAUCAAAGAAUGUGAAAAUACUAAUAUCACGAAGAACCUUCCACAGGGAACCUCCCAAGUUCCUGCAGACCUCAGAAUUAGCAUCAACACCUUCUGCAGAGCCUUCCCUUUCCACUUGAUGUUUGACCCCCACAUGUCAGUCCUUCAGCUGGGGGAAGGCCUAAGGAAGCAGCUGCGGUGCGAAACUCACAAAGUGCUCAAGUUUGGGGACUGCUUCGAGAUCGUUUCUCCAAAAGUUAAUGCCACCUUUGAAAGGGUCCUGUUGAGACUGUCCACCCCGUUUGUGAUUAGGACCAAGCCUGAGGCUUCUAGCACUGAAAAUAAAGACAAGGUGAUGGAAGUCAAAGGACAAAUGAUCCAUGUCCCAGAAUCAAAUUCCAUUUUAUUCUUGGGCUCUCCAUGUGUGGACAAGUUGGAUGAACUCAUGGGCCGAGGGCUGCAUCUCUCGGACAUCCCUAUCCAUGAUGCCACCCGAGAUGUCAUUUUGGUUGGUGAGCAAGCAAAGGCCCAAGAUGGCUUGAAGAAGAGAAUGGAUAAAUUGAAGGCAACUUUAGAAAGAACUCACCAGGCCCUGGAAGAAGAGAAAAAGAAAACAGUGGAUCUUCUAUAUUCUAUCUUCCCUGGCGACGUAGCCCAGCAAUUGUGGCAAGGGCAGCAAGUGCAGGCCAGAAAGUUUGACGAUGUCACUAUGCUCUUUUCAGACAUUGUUGGCUUCACAGCCAUAUGUGCCCAGUGUACUCCCAUGCAAGUGAUCAGCAUGCUGAAUGAACUGUACACCAGAUUUGACCACCAGUGUGGAUUUUUGGAUAUUUAUAAGGUGGAAACAAUAGGUGAUGCAUACUGUGUUGCUGCAGGACUCCACAGAAAAAGCCUCUGCCAUGCGAAACCCAUUGCUCUGAUGGCCCUGAAGAUGAUGGAACUUUCAGAGGAGGUGCUGACACCUGAUGGAAGACCAAUUCAGAUGAGGAUAGGCAUUCACUCGGGUUCUGUGCUGGCUGGAGUUGUUGGGGUGAGAAUGCCACGAUAUUGCCUGUUUGGAAAUAAUGUCACUCUGGCAAGCAAAUUUGAAUCAGGAAGUCACCCUCGGCGCAUCAAUGUCAGCCCAACCACUUACCAAUUAUUAAAAUGGGAAGAAAGUUUCACAUUCAUUCCUCGGUCCCGUGAAGAGCUUCCAGACAACUUUCCAAAGGAAAUCCCUGGGAUCUGCUAUUUCCUGGAGGUGAGGACUGGUCCUAAGCAGCCGAAGCCUUCUCUGUCUUCAUCAAGAAUAAAAAAGGUUUCCUACAACAUUGGCACCAUGUUCCUCCGGGAGACAAGCCUCUGAGACCUGCUGCAGAUCAGAGACUCCUCCAAAAAGCACAAGCCCAGAAUGUGGGUCAUGACUGGAGAGCGGAAAGAGAUGGCUUCUCUUUCACUGCUUUGUGGAGAACAAGCAGCGGAAUUUCUGUGGUAUGUCAGGCAAUAAUCCUAGAAAAUGUGGGUGAUGACUAUCCAUUAAAAAACUGGAGGGCAGGGGGGAAAUAGGAUGUGUCCAUCUAUUUGAGUGUUUUUGGUCAUAUAUAUAUUUUAAUUACAACUAUGGGCCCCCUUUCAAAACUAACCAAUAAAUAGAUUCUGCGUUUUCUUGUUUGUCGCACAUGCAGGUAUCUUUCCCUAUGUAUUUGUAUCACUUUUGAGAGCCAGUUUUGAUUAUAUAUUCCUACAUUUAGUGAGUUGGUAUGUGAGGAAUAUUUUCUAAUUUGGUUUUUCUGAACAGACAUUUCAUACAUAUAUCAUGGCAGUGUGGUCGACUUCCCGGCAGGAAGAACUAUAACUCAGCAAAAUAUUUUAGGGAUAUUACCUAUUUUUAUACAUAUCUCUUCUUCUAGUUAAUUACAUUUCACACAACAUUAAUAGAUUUUCUGAAUCUGCUACUGUAUAGUUGGUAUAUUAUGUAACUGUAACCUAUUAAUCAAAUAUAGUUCCACUUAUUUAGAGAGACUAGAGCCUGGACUGACAAUAUAUAUAACCAAGGAUUUCAGAUGCUGAGAAAGCAUUGUAUGUCUGCUUAGUAAAUAUAUCUUUUAGAUUUAAUUAAUGUAGUAUGGAAUCCAGAUGAAAUGGGAUUUCCUAAUAGCAGAUAUAUCUGUAACCAAGAUUAAGGAAAUGUCCUUUUGCCAUCUAACAAAUAUCAGUUAAGAUGAAAUGCUUUGCUACAUUGGACCCUUUUCAACUUAGCACUCAUAAAUGUAGGUUGUUCUUGCAACAUACUAAACUAUGUUCUGAUAAACAGAAUCGUGCUAAGUGACAUGUUAGUACUCCCCCUCCCCCUCCUCCGUGGAUGCCUGCUAAGGACUAACUGCCACUCUUGGGAGGAAAUCCCUGAAUACUGGCAUUACUGAGAAAGUGAUGCAGGACAUGUUGCCACGAAUGUUGUUUCUUCUUGCAUAAUAAAAAACAGAGAAAAACCUGUAUUUUAUGGCUUUGAAAUUUUAAACAAUUAUUCUUCUGCACUUUGGUUGAUGUGACUUUUAAAUUCAGUGAAGUGGGUCUAACCUUCAGACCUAGUAAUCACCAUAGUUACAGAUAGGCUGCCAUCACAUGUUUGGCUAAAAGGAAGACGUGUUCCCAGUAAUUAGCACUGCAUGAAAAUAUAAUUUACACUCACCCUGAAAUUAGGAGCACGGUGUGUCCAGAGAUUUCCUAUUUUGGAUCAGAUGUAAAACCUAAGUUUCCACUGAGGUUCAUGAGCUGGAAGCAUUUGUUUCCUUGGAACCUUGGGGUGGCCAUUUUCUUACUCCAGUAGGUAUACUCGUUGGUAGCUUAUGUCUACUGAAGGUGAUGUUUUUCUUUUUCUGGUCAGGGAUUUUGGCUGCAUUAUGAUUUGGUUUUGAUAUAACUCUGCUAAGGAGUAUAUUAACUAGUAUCCAAUGUAGUCUAUGAGGCUUAAUUAGUGUUUUUAAGUUCUCUAAGUGGUAGCUAGAAAACAUUUAUAGAUAUGCAAAGUAUUUGUUAUAACGGUGAUCGCUUUUAUAACUGUUGACCUCUGUUCUCGCCCUGGGGCUUGUGAGAACACUAAUGCAACACUCUUCAUGUGGAGACAGGACCUAGACCCAGAACUCUCUGAAUCCUUGCCUGUCCAUUCUUCCCUGGGUCUGGGUCUCUGUUUUGAACCAUGUCGGGGUGAGAAGGCCAGGUGUUUACAGGAGGCUGUGUAGGCUGAGGACAGGAUGCUCUCAUGGGAGUAAUUACUCAGAACGGAAUCUCUUCAGGGGACUGGGAGAUUAACCCACUUCCUUCAUAGGGAACAGGGAGGAGGUUUACAGUCAAUGUGGACAGAAUAGGAUGGGAGCGCCUCAAUCCUCAUGUCAAGAAUAGGAAACACCUUAGCUAUGCUGAUGGGCUCCUGAUAGCACAGAAGCAUGGGGACAGAAUCAAGCUCACUGAAGUCAUUUAUCCUUUUUCUGCACAGUAACUUAGAGCUUAUUAUGAUAUAGUAAAUCAAUAAAUAUUUUGGUGGUAAAUAUUGUGUUUUGUAACUAUAAGGCUGAAAAGGACUUCCAGGAGUCAUCCAAUCUAUUCCUCUGCUUUUUGUAAAGAUUUGUCUAAACAACUCUUCUAAACAUAUGAUUAUUCUUUCUGUACUUAAGACUAUCUAUGGGAAGCAUAUUUUAAAAGCGUCAUUGAAAAUCCACUUCAUUAUCCGUUAAUUGGUAAUAAGGCCCUAGACAAGGAUUGUAUGUACAUUGUUUAUCAGAAGAAUAACAAACUCUUUCUUAGUGUAUAUGAUUUUACUUAACGAAGAGGUAGCCAUUUCCAUUGUCACAAAUGUCACAACGAAGAAUAUGCCAGAGAUCUAUUAUAUAUCACAGACAGGAUGUAAACUACAUUUUUCAUACAAUAUAAUCCAAAUGUAUCUUUGAAGCUAUAGUCUGAGGCAAUGGUCUGAUCUGUUACCAUUUUGCCAACCUAGUACAGUCGAUUAUUAUAGUUACUCUGUUGCUAUAUGUGUUUGCAAGGUACUGUAUAAAAUAGCUGUUCAUUCCAGCUUCAGUCAUAGAAUUUUGAAGCUGUGAAAAAGUAUUAUAUUUUUAUUUGUCCCACAUAAUACAGUCCACACAUCCUCCAUUAGGAAUUGUGACUAUAACAAUGGGUGGUAGUUGGUAUUUCAUUUGACUAAUAUCUGUACAGUAUUCUCACCCACAAACUAUUACACACAUCAUGCACUUUAAAGUAUCAGAUUAAAGGGAAUUUAAAUGGAUGUCCCAUUAGAAAUCAAGUGGUAUUAAAUCGGGGAAAUGGUUUUAACCCACUCUAAAAGGGAUACUUUAAGAUAAAAUUUGGCACCUCUGUUAUUAUAUUAAGAUAUAAUAUAGCUCCUCUGUUUUAAUGUUCUUUCAAGCAACUAAUUUGAAGAAGUCACUUUAUGACUAGCAACUAGCCAUCAGUACCAAAGCUUCACAUUGGCAUCUGUAUCCUUUUGAUGGGGAGAAUGUCAUCAUUUGCAAAUAGAUCAGUUAUCUAACAAAGUCAGAAACCUCCAUAUGUACCCAAACCAUACUGCACAGUAUGUGCUUUGUGAACCUUAAUAAAUAGGUAAUAUUAGCCAUAAUAAAAAGAAUAAUACUCAAUGCAUGGAGAACACAUAUAGUUGGGUCUCUAGGCUGUGUAGUGUGAUGUGGAGAAGGGAAAGAAGAUAUAGCUUCUAGGUAACAGGUAACCCAACUGUCUAAAAUCUUCCUUGAUAGUCAUCUCUUCUCUUAUAUUUUAAGUUGUUUUGCGUUUCACUUUUAAUACUUGAUUAUGUGUGCAGUCCAGUGACCUAUGACCUAUUGUGAUUCUGAGACAGGCACUGAUGCCCAAGACUGGAGAGUGGGUCUGUGAAUUCAGUCCUGCAAAUGUGAACUUUCAUGGUCUCACCCUUGGUCCUCUUGCUCAGUGACAAGAAUAUCCGGAACAUAGUGUUUUAUUGUGAAAGUGCAAAAGUGUGUACUUCUCCAGGAAAAAUGAAGCAAAACAGGACAACAACUUGAACAAAAUUUCAUUCACAAGUGCAGCAAGGCUUUUAAUUUUGCAAAUUCCUCCAGAGUUCCAGCAAUAAAGCAAAAUUAAAUUGAUAGAAGCAAAAGGCAAAGCCACAGAGAAUUUGGAAAACCUCCAGGCUCUGUGUUUUAUACAGAAUCAUAUUGCCACCAAUUGAAAUAGUGUAUUUGAAGUUGUGAGGUAUCAAGAGGGAAAUCAAGGGUACGACCAUCAUUAAACGUAUUUAUUGAAGCCUCCUUGAGUUCCUGACAUGCUGAGGGCAGGUGUUGUGGUUAUCAUGGCAGAGAGUAAAACUUCUACACAUAGGUUUCUGUCUCAUCAUGCAUGUUGAGCAAUACUAAGCCCAUACCCAGGCCCUCUCUUACUCCAUGCUGUCACUGGAAACCAUCUCGCCCCCACAAGCCUGGCCUCAGCAAACAUCUCUGUACCCUUGAACCUAAAAUAGGUACAGAAAAAGUUUCCGAUGCCUGUUUCAGGCAGAUAGGAAGACCCACACAACUCGAGGGGCAGGUAACAAGGCACUUCUGAAGGGAACUAAGCAUUCUCAGUUGUGCUUGGGUGUUGCUUAAAUCUGCAGCUUCUCCCUCUGCUUUUUCUUCAAAAUACAAUCUGACUUCAAGUACUUGGUGUAACUUCUCUGUAUGUUCCUUCGGAAUGAAUUAUACGUGACCCUGAACAGGCUUUGGGUGGCACUAGAUGCCUUUCAGCCAAUAAUAUGUAGAAACUCAAGUCUAAGAACCAAGUUCUAUAUUAUAACCCGGGAUUUCUAUUAUUAGAUUACACAUCUUCCACUAGGAAAAUUAGGUCAUUUCAGAGGCUUCUGUAAGCAUGUCUUAUUAGAUACAGCCUGAAAACAUGAUGCAUGAGAGACUAAAUUAUUAAAAUUUAACAUAUUCCAGUUUGAAUGAUGAUUCUUUAUGAGUAGCUCUUAAUAUGAAUAUACUUAAUUCACAACCAGCUGAUUUAAAAUACACAUAAAUUGUGUUAACAUGAUUGAACAAAUUUUAUUGUAAAAUGGAUAAAUUGACCCCAGCUGUGGACUCAAUUUCAAGAUACUCAUGGUGGUGAAUGAAGAACAGACACUGAGGUUAUAUACAGAUUAACAUAAAUCUUGACAGAGUAUAUUGAGAUAGUGUGCAAAAUUCCUUCCUCACACUUGAUUCAAACAAUUGAAACCUAAGUAUUAUUGUCUUGCCACCUUUCUGUUUCCUUUCUUCCUUUCUUCUUUCUUCUUCCUUUUAUGAAAAAAAGUCAUGGAUGCAUUUGUAACACAGGGAGAAUCACGGUCCAUCUCAUGUUGUAAAAUUAGUUUUAAUUUUAUAAAGUAAUGAAUAUUCUUUGUUGUGUGUGUUGAAUGUAGAUAUUACAUGAUUAAAAGGAGUGACAUUUUGGAAGGACUUGGGAUGUAGAGAAGUAAAGUUUGUGUUGAACGUAGAUAUUACAUGAUUAAAAGGAGUGACAUUUUGGAAGGACUUGGGAUGUAGAGAAGUAAAGUUUGUGUCUGUAUUUCUAAUAUGUGGUGACCAGACUACAGCUUCAUUCAAGUGCCUCAUUGCCAUCCCAUUCUUAUUAAGAGAUGGUCCUCUUAACUCAUCAGCUUGCCAGAGUCUGGCUCCCUUCAUAAGAAUUACCUAGGAAGCUUUUAGGAAUACAAAUUACUGGCCUGUACCUUCAGAGAUUUGGAUUCAGUAGGUCUCAGGCGGGAUCUAUGAAUCUGUAUUUAGAAAAUCAGUCUAGGUAAUGCUAAUAUACAGACAGAUUUUGGAAUCAUUGAAGAGUAUUCAAAUAAUUCCAAUUACUGGGAAAAAAUACAAGUUGACUGAGAUAGUAUUAUAUUAUUUCAUUUGUAGUUAUUUUGAAAAGCUAAAUACUCUGGGCUUCAUAGCAUUAUUUCUUUCACAAAUUUUAAUUUUAGCUUUAGUUUCAAAUUUAUGGUCUGCCUUUUGAACAUGAGUCUUCAAACUUAUUAGAGACAGAAGUCAACACUGAUAAGCAUGAGGGAUGAAUAUUGCUCACUAUAGGGCUAUUAGGGAUACUACAUAUGGUACCAUUUUCUUAGUUACUGCUGGAGCUGUGCAGUAUAUCACAGUAUUUGCUGAUCCUCACCACUGAGAUAUAAACUAUGAACUUUGGGACAGAGAAGCAAAUGUUGAAAUGACAGCCGUAUUUCUGAAUGCUUCGAUUUUUAUGUUAUGAAAAAUUACCAACUUAAUACUUUGUCUCAUUCUGUACUUUUCACAUUGAAUUGUACAUUCAUCUAAAAAUGAUUUCCUAGCAAUAUCUUGUAACAACGUUUCAAGCAAUAAUGUAAGCCAUGGUGAUGAUGCCAUAUGAAACUUUCACUUCUGUGCACUUCAGAGAACUUUUAGGGAAAUAGCGACAUCUUUAACAUAAGCAAUAAUAUAGCUAGUGUGGACUUUUAAAAGAUAUUCAUCAUUUACAACAGCAAAAUGAGCAGCAAGUGAUGACUCAGAUAUAAAUCAUCUGAGCAAAUGACAUGCUUCAUCUAUCUCAUAAGUCAUUCAUUUGCACACACGCUAUAAAGUAAUUAGUAUAUUCCCAUCACAUUAUUUCUGUUGUGUAAUUUUUAACAUACCUAUCAUAAUAUGAUUUAUAUUCAGAUCAAGAGAUUUGUGUGUGUAUGUAAUGUUGCCCAGAUUUUCAGAUCUUUGUAGUAUAUAAUAAUAGAGAGUAAUUAAGGAUGGAUAAAUGAGUAAAAGCAGAGCAUAGGUUGGAUGAAUUGGUUGAGAAGGUAGGCUUUGCAAAAAUAUGGAUGGGUCUUUGGACAAGUUAAUUAGUUUAAAGGUUGGUUUGAUAAAGUCUUAGGAGACAAAUGAUUAAAAAUAAAAAGAGCUCAUUACCACUGUUUUUUAUGAUGGCAAAUGUUUAGUAAGUAUAAGUAUUUUGGCUUCAGAACAUGAUUGGUUGAAGUCACCUGUAGUAUAAUUAAUAAACACUGGAAAGUGAUUAUGUAGUGAUGUUGAAGGUAACCUGCCCUUCUCAGCUAUUUUGAUGCUAGUACUAAAGCUUGCAGAUUUCAAAAUGGAUAAUUCAUAUUUUUAGUCUUACUUCUUAAAAUAUAAUUUUAAUCAAAUGUGGCAUAGUCAAUAAUAAUCAGUCCUUUAAUAGUUUAAUUAUCCCUCCAUCAUUUAGAAUGAUGUAUUAGGAUUAUAGCUAAAAGCGCUGGUACACUUAUGUUACACUGAAGAACUUCUGAAUGUUAGAUUACUAUUUAGCAAAGUCAUAUAAGCUUAGGAUCCAUUGCUAAGCCUCUAAAUAAGAUUACAACUCCUAUUAUUGCCGAGCUGGGUAAACCCUUCUAAUUGUGAAUCUGAACACAAUCGGAAUGCUGUGUGGGUUUGCCGGUAUUUUUACCUUCUUAUUACCCAUGGCAAAAUUCCAGUUAGCAUCCUCCACCCCAAAAUUCAGAAAAUUUCUCUAUAAAAAUCAAACAGGAUUGUUGAUCUGUGAGAAAGCUUUUGACCAUUAUCUUUUUGCAUAUUAUUAGAUGCUUAAGAAGCUUGCUUCUUAAUUGUUAAUAAAUAAUGAAAAUAUUUAAUUUGAAUCCAUUAAAUUACAGUGAAUUUAUCCUCUCAGUUAAUUCAUCUAAUUGUUGAUCAGAUCAUUCUUAAUAUUAGACUUAAGCACUGUUGCUUAUUAUUUGAAAGCAGAAGAAACAAGAAAAACUAGAUGAUCAGCCUAAGUAAUAGCUUGUUUCUCAUUCUUUUGAUCCAAAUUUUAAAAAUAAAGGAAUUGGUUUAUAUUCAUUCUUCCUCUGUGGCCUUUUCACUAUUUGUAGAUAAAGAAGGGAUUCUAAAAAAUAUAUUUUUUACAGUGGUCUAUUAAAUGUAAUUAAAUUUAAGUAGGACGUAAUGUAUUAAUUAGGGUAAAAUCAGAAAUGCACAGAAUUGCUUCUUCACACCACCUCACUCUUUAAAGACAAUUGCUUCCAUUUUGCUGCAUGGCAGUUAGUUAUACAUCAGACUGAGGACACAGGGACAGAUGGAGAGGGUAAGACGGACAGGAGCUUUAGAUGAGAUUGAGCAAAGAGAUUUAAUUUUUUUCCUCAUGAAGGUAUAGUUACUCUUAAAGGGGAGGCCGUUUCCAUAAUAGACACGUCUGGUUUAUUGAAAGCCAAAUGAUUUACUUGACUUCUGUUCAUUUUUAUUUUGAAAAGAAAAGAGAAAGAAAUCCUUCACAAGCCAUUUUCAGUUUUUUUAGGAGAUAGUGUCAACCUCUCAGCAGCUGCACAUAUGAGUGAAAACUGGGAUUACAAACUCAUAGAGCUAUAUAUAGAAACUCUCUGAAGGUGGCAGAUAGAACUAGUCUUGGUUACAAUGAUGGAGGUAAAUGAAAGUGUCAGAACAUCUGGACUGAAGGAACAAAGAAGACCAAAUACCAGCUCUGCCAUAUGUCACAGAAACCCCUGCUAAAAUUAGCACAAAAGAACAGACUAUCAGUGUGCAAGUGAUAUUAAAACGAAAGAUUUUUUUUCCUUUUAUAACAUGCCUGGCUGAGCUAACAUUCAAUAAGAAAAAUACAAUUUAAUUUCAUACAUUCUUUUUUUGUUGUUCUGACAUUAUAGAAAUUACAUCUUUCCCUAGUUGGGAAAUCUAAUCACAAAGAGCACGAAAUAUGUAUUCUUUGUCCUAAAAUCGGUAAAACUAUUUUCUGGGCUAUCCUAUAUUCCGUAUUUUUCUUCACAUUGUUCUCAAGUUGGGCUUUGGCUGCCAACAAAACAAAUGCUCGACUUCAGAGUAGAAAGAAGCCUUUAUGACCCCAGGCCUAUCCAUCUCAUUCAGGAAUGCUCCAGAGAGUUGGGGCUGGGGAGAGAGUCCUCCACAGCGUCUGAUGAUGUUCUGUGGGAGAGAGGAAGAUGUAUUCCCAGUCUUCUAAAAUUAAAAGUGCUUAGGUAGCCUCUUAUCAUCAUUCAAAGAUGCUACAUUUAUACAUAACUGGUUAAUUCAAGCAGAGUUUGUCGAGAACAGAAAUUUUACAAGGAAGAAACAAACUUGAACAAUUUUUAAUCAGAAUUAUCGAUUAGCAAAAUAAUUUAGGACAAAAACUAAACUUGCUGUCUCGAAAGAGUCAACUUACUUAUAUCCAAAGUCAGAAUGCUACACACUUUUGAACAUUUUCUAAAUGUAUCAAGUUCUUCAGCACUGAGAAAGGAAAAUAAUUUUAUUUAUGGAUUCCUUAAGGUUUUACCCCCUGGAGAUAGCACAUAACUGUGAAUUACAUAAAAAGUGUUUUUCUCUAUGAUUUGGUUGUU